UUACAAUCUACAUGCAAAAACGUAUAGGACGACCCGGACAAUACACACGGACUAUACGGACACGAGAUACUUCUAAAUUACUGAAGCGUUCAGUGAUCUUUUGCUAGGACAACGUCGACACCGGUACACCAAAUGUAGGCUACUGUUCAAGGUCAGUACUUCACACGCACAGAUCGAGGCCCGACUGCACGAUGCAUAUAGUGAUAACACGGUCGGCCAAAGUAAACAAUCACUAAUCUACGUGCAGCUGUUGGUGUUCUGGAAUACUGCCAGGAGCCAUCCUGGCUAGCACUAGCACGUACAUGCUCUAUGCAGAGGCCUACGUGUAUUUUAUCCACCAGGUCAUCAAGAGUGCUUUCAGCUGAUCGUGGUUAUGGACUGAUUAGCAUAAAUUCCCAUUCAGCAAUUCUUACACACUAGUUGGGGAAAGGCGAGCCGCAUACAGAGUCAGAAGAUUGUGGAUCUUUCCAGAGUACUUCAAAUUUUUCAGACGAAUAAAGGAGCUAGAGUUGUAAUCCGGUUGGAGCGUGACGUCCAAAUGGCGCUUUCGUACUCAUGGAAACCUCUGCACUCCAUUCGUUACCUCAUCCCCAGUUGUGUUUCCAUCUUAAGAGCCGAGUAUCCACAUUGUAAGGCAGACCUUCUACCGGAACUUGCCAAGCAUGAACUGAACCCUGCGCCUUGCUCGUACGGACUGGUCGAGCACCCAGACGACAAACGCGAUGGAGAAACUCUGGUGGGUCAUGUCCGAUUUCUUCCAGUCACAAACCGACAGGGGGCGGUUUACGCCGAGGGCUUCUGCAUUGAUGUUGACAAGAGAAGUAAAGGCAUCGGUGAAUCGGGCACAUUGAGAGCAGAGCAUCUGGCGAGAGAGCAGGGAUACAAAGAAUUGUUCAUAAGCAUCUAUCCUCAUUUCAAAGAAUUCUACCUCAAGCAAUCUUGGUCCAUCUUCAAGAAACCGCUACACACACUGGGAGCAAACCUGCUCCACACCAACACGUCGGUCAAUGGUGGUCCGAUAUUUGUCAGUUGGCCAGGCAACACACUGUACCCAGGAUGGGAGUGGGUGUAUGAAGGGGGUGUAAUGGCAACGGAGGCAGAUUUAACAGGUGAAUUCUCGGGCAUUGUUAUGGUAAAAUAGCUUAAGAGAUAACACGUUUGCACAAACAUAGGCCCUGGAGGUUGGGGCGUUGAACUACACAGUUUGGUUCUCUUUGAUGUUCAUGCACCUUAAGGGGCACGCCGACAGCCAAACUCGAAAAUUGCAUUUUGAGAAAAUUGAGUUUUAAGUUGGACACGUGCCUUUUUGGACACAUGACUUUUUUUUUAAUAUGAUGAAUUUCUUGCACUUACAUUGUGUUGCUAGAUAUUAAAUAUUUUAAUGGCAAAAUAGUGUAUUUCAAAUUACAUGUAAUUUCCAUUACACAAUAUAUAUGGCAAAGCGUUUUAUCCAUAAGUUACAUGAUUUAAUGUUACUACAUUUGUAUGGGAAAACGAUGUAUCUUGCAUUUAAUUAUUGAAACUCAUUGCAUUUUGUGGCAAAACGAUGUAUCUCAACUUGAAUAUUUUUUUCCAUAGCAUUGAUCUUGUCAAAAGUUUGAGCUAAAGCAUUUCAUUUUGUGCAACAAGAUAUUUAACAACAACAGUAACAGUUUGCUUAGGACAAUUUAUGACAUCUUACAUGGAAGGAGAAUGAUCAUUCAAACAAAUCACUUUCAUCAAGGAGAUAGGUAUAAUGAUGUUGGUGAUUGUAGUAUGAAAUGUUGAUGACAAUUACAUGAUUGGAUCGAUGGGAAUGACUAUGAUAAUGCUACAAUGUUAUUGAAUUAACUAUCAUAGUGAAUAAAUUACACACACAAAACUUCAACGUCAAAGGAAUCCCACACAUUACCCUUCUGUUGCAUGCUUCUACAACCCUUUGCGCAAUUCAUACAUCAUGGAGCUGCAGGAAAAUUGGGUACUCAUUUUGUUCUUGUCAAGUUAAAAUUGAACACAUUUUUUCGAAAUCUGACCAAUUAUUAUCAGCCAGAACAACUGAGUGGUCAAUAACAAGACAAUUCUUCUCAAAAUCAACUGCUUGAGGUUUAACGUGCACAAGUUGAAUUCCAAGUUUACCAAACAGUAGAUUUUCAGCCGCGAUAUUAUGUCAGGAUUAGGUUGAAAUAUAGUGUAGACUAGCUUCCAUCAGAUAUGUUGGACAUAGUUUCAGAGGGAUCUACAUGGUGUGGGUAAUACUCUUUU